CCUGUCAUCGCAAGUUCGGCCGUUUAUGGCCUGCAUUCGACUGAGAACGACCGGCAUUGAAAGCCACAUCACUAUAUAAACCCACUGCACCUCUCUAAUACUUUACUUAACCUUUGAAGCCCCUGCAAGAACCAUACCACACCUUAACUCACCAUGGCGGACUCCCUGAGUGUCCCCGACAUUGACCACCCGGUUAACGGUACCGUCAGCGAUGCUGCCCAACAGAAGCCGGCUCUUGCUCCCUGGAAGCCGACAGACCCAAGCGACCCUCGCUUGCAAGUCGUAAACGAGAACCAGGAGUUCACAUCGGACCUAUUGAAGUACAUGAGGGACAAGUGGGACAUCACCAAACGCGGAUUCGACUAUAACGUUGUAGCAGUCUUUGGGUCUCAGAGCACGGGAAAAAGCACACUUCUUAACAGGCUGUUCGGUACGAACUUUGACGUUAUGAACGAGGUUUCUCGUCAGCAAACGACAAAAGGCAUAUGGGUCAGCAAAGCAGACGCAACGAACUUGUUGGUUAUGGAUGUUGAGGGAACGGAUGGUCGUGAGCGUGGGGAAGACCAGGACUUUGAGAGGAAGAGCGCGUUGUUCUCCAUCGCAAUUGCCGAGGUUUUGAUAGUCAACAUGUGGGAAAACCAAGUCGGUCUAUACAAUGGAGCAAAUAUGGGACUCUUGAAAACCGUGUUUGAAGUCAACCUUCAGCUCUUCCAGCAGAAAGGAUCCCCAAAGACGUGUCUCUUUUUUGUUAUCCGUGAUUUCACUGGCGUCACACCCAUCUCCAACCUUCAGACCAGCUUGAUGAAGGAUCUGGAGAGGAUCUGGGCGGGCUUGAUCAAGCCUGCAGGGAAGGAAGAUUCGCUGAUUAGCGACUUCUUCGACUUCAACUUUGCGGGUUUACCGCACAAGAUCUUUGCCGGUGAAAAGUUCGAAGUGGAAGCCAAAACUCUCAAAUCGCGCUUCUACGACAAGGAAAACCCUACCUACGUUUUCCAGCCCAACUUCCAUAAGCACAUCCCUGCCGAUGGGUUUCCUCAGUUCGCUGAAGCAAUCUGGGAAAAGAUCGUGACCAACCGCGACUUGGACCUUCCCACCCAGCAGCAGUUGCUAGCGCAAUAUCGCUGUGACGAGAUCUCGCGUACGGCUUACGAGGAAUUCCACACCCAGGUCAAAGGCUACCGCUCGCACCUAGAGAGCGGGAAAGUUCUUGAGGACCUCGGAAAGGAGGUCGUCCAGCAUUACAACGCUGCGUUGGUCGCCUUCGACACAGACGGGAGCCGAUACAACAAGGAAGUAUACCAAAAGAAGAGGGGGGAACUCAAGGAGAAGAUGGCGAGCGCUUUGCAUGUAUACUAUGUGCAGCAGCUACGAAACCUUCAUCAAAAAGCCAUCGUACUCUUCAAAGACCGCCUAUCCGAGAAGAUGCGGGGGGACGACAGCAAUUUCGCCCGCAAGCUGCGCGAGUCCCGGGAGGAAGCCGAGAACUACUACAACCGCAUUGCGGAGGCAACAAAGCUGGAAGAUGGCAACUGGAGUAGCGAGGAGUAUUUCUCGCAGUUCGAACGGGAUAUCAGUCAAAUUGCUUCCGAGAAGCGCGCCGAGGCGAUGGCCCGUGUGGUCAAGAACCUCGAUCGCUCUUUGCAGCAGGACAUGGUUGAGCCGGUACAGGUUGUCCUCAAUGAUGGGCCGGCCGAUGUGUGGAAGCAGAUCUUUACCAUCUUCAAAUCGACAUUGGUGGACGCCGACGCGACCCUUCGCAAACAGUUGGCCGGUUUCGACUCUUCCGAAGACGAGAUCUCCACCUCCGUUCGUGAGAUGAAGUAUCAGGCUUGGGAGCUUCUGGGCAAAACCAUCCACGACGAGUUUGAGGACGUGAAAGUUCUCGAGAGGUUGAGGCAACGGUUCUUGAACAAGUUCCGAUACGACGAGACGGGGAUUCCACGGGUCUGGCAGGCUGGCGAUGAUAUCGAUGGUCCGUUUGCGGAAGCUAGAGAUGACGCCGAUCAGCUGUGUGUGCUGUAUUCGAAGAUUGAUGUUCCGCACGCCGAGCUGGAUAAGGCCAUCACAGAGGAUGAGCGUUUCGAACCGUCUUCGUUCGUGGUGCUGUCACCGGCGAAGGUGCAAAGUCUACGGGAUCGUUUCCGGAAGGAAGCCGAUCUGUUGUUUGUGGAAGCAAAGCGUUCUAUCGUCCAAUCGCAGGUUGGACCAAGCAAGAUCUUCUACCUUGCGACUUUAGCUUUGGGAUGGAACGAGCUGUGGAUGGUUUUGACCAACCCACUUCUCACGGUAUUCACCGUCAUGCUCUUGGGUGUUGCCUACACCUUGUGGCGAUCGGGACUCGCCGGUCCCCUAAUCCAAGCUGCACGACACGCAGCUCACCAAGUGACACAGAACGCUGGAGACAACCCCAACAUCGCCAAUAUUCUCAACCAAGCUCGUCCCUUCGUCAACAAGAACCUUACCAACCUUCAAGGCGGCCGGUCGGCUUCACAACCAUCGUUAUCGUCGCAGGGCCAGAGGAGGAGAUGGAGGAAUGAUGAAGCUGACUCGGACUCGGACAGUGUUGAGCUGCAGCAACAGACAAGUCGGAGCACGUCGGAACUGUCUGGGAGGAGGAGCAACCUCAGGGAUGACUAGAUUGCGUUUUGCGCUCGAUUACAAUCUGCCACCUACCUCAGACAUUCAAGAGACGCUCGGAUUCCCUUGGAGGUCGUGGUCUCUGCAGAUUCACGCCAACAGGGUCCAAGCCUUUCGUCGUCUUCCCCUCAGGCUUGUCUAGCCUGGUCCCACUCAUACUUGCAUUUUGCUCCCCCCUUAAAUAUGCUCUCUUUUGCGUCUUUGUGGCAUAGCUCUGCCUGCGCUUGUGUACAGUACUGUGAAUGACACAUUUUCUCCUGUAUAUCUAUGGUAUUGUGUGUUUGCGGGUGUGGAGUUGCACCUCCUGCACCGAGUUGCGAUGAG